AUGAGUCUUGUCUUGUACAGUUCUUCUUCGGAAUCUGAUAAUAAUGAUGAUGAUGAUAAUCAACGAAAUAAUAUAAAACGUUUUAAACCACAAUUACCACCUGUUAAUAUUCAACUUGAAAAUGAAAUUGAUUUAUUUGAAAAAAAUUUUCAAAUUAAAAAUAAUGAUCGAACAAGAUUAUUUCCUCAUGAAAGAGGAAAUUGGUCUUUAACAAUUUAUGCAUAUGUUGAAUGUUCAUCUCAUUUGGAUACAAUGAUUGAUGAUUUAAUUGAAAUAUUUAAUAAUGAAAAUGAAAAUUGGAAACGUUUAAUAGAAUUACAUAUUAGUUUAUCAAAAACAUUUCCUAUUCGUUUUCAUCAUAUUGAAUCUAUACGAAAAGGUUUACAAUAUGAAUUAUCAAUAUCAAUGAUUAAAUUUUCAACUCGAAUUGAAAAUGUAACAAUAUUAAAUAAUGAAGAUGAAUCAACAUCAUUUUUAGUAUUUACACUUGAUCAAGAUCGACAAUUUUCUAAAUUAGUAGAAAUUAUUGAUAAAAUACUUCAUGAACAUCGAUAUCCAUGUUAUUAUGAAAAUCCAUGUUUUCAUAUUAGUUUUGCUUAUUCAAUCGAUAAAAAUCGACAAGAAAAAUUACCAAGUGAUUGGAAAGAUAAAUGUCUAUCUAUUUUAAAACAAUAUCAAUGUCAACCAAGUGCAACAACAAUAAUAAUUGAUGAUAUUCGUUUAAAAGCAGGCAAACGUAUUUAUCAAUUGACUAAAACAUCAUAA